AUGCGGAAGGCAGCAAUCUUGACCCUGGGCUUGUUGGUGGUAUUGGCAGACAAGGUGCAGUCUGACGAUGGCAAUCCCUCUUUUUAUGGGGUGAAACUGUGUGGAAGAGAGUUCAUACGAGCUGUCAUCUUUACCUGUGGUGGUUCUCGUUGGAGAAGAAGCGUGGGAGACUCAGGUAAGAAUAUGUUGGUGGGAUUGUUUUAUCGUCACUUUCUCAAAAUAAUGGCAUAUGUCACUUUUUGACAAAAAUUACUUUUUUCCCCUGAAGUCAGUCCUUCAUGAUGCUGCCCAUCUCUGGUAGAAUCGCCUAAAUCCUCAGUUGGACAGAUCAUGUGAUACUAUCCUUGUAGUAUGAGGGCUAUGUAAAGAGUUUGUGUUAGGCCAUUUUCUGAGAGAAUUCAGAAAAAUUUCUGAAAAACUUGAUAAUUGAUUUAGGCCAUCAUUUUAAGAGGGUGACCAUUGUUAUGAUGUACCAGGUUUUCCCUACAGCCUUACUCAAUAACUGGGAGACUUAUCCUUUAUCUCCACCAGCUCCUAUCGGAGAGGAGGUUUUUGACCCAUGGCAUACAAACCCCAUCCCUCAACUUGCCAGUGAACAGGAUCCUUCAGGGUCCCAAGCCUGGAAAGAUCAUUCAUCAAAUACGGCUGCUGGAUUCUACCGCUUAGCUCGCUCACCAAUCUCAGAGGAGGUGUUGGAGGCUUUGAGGAGUGCGGACAGGAAAGGAAGAGAUGUAGUUGUUGGACUUUCCAAUGCAUGCUGCAAAUGGGGUUGUAGCAAGAGUGAAAUUAGUUCUUUGUGCUGA